UGGUUCGUGACGUCAGCAGAUUGAGAAGCUUCGGAUUGCUUCGGUCCGCGCUCUCGAGCGCACUGCCGAUCAUUCUCCUCCUCCGCCGCCGCCGCCUUAAUCUCCUCCUCCUCCACCGCCAUCGUUUCCUUAAAUCCGGUGCCCGCCUCUCCCCACCGGAGGAUUAUCUCUCAUUUCUUUCUUCGGUUCCACAUUUUGUUUCAUCAAUGCCUGAAGAUAACACUAUAAUUGAAUCACCCCGACGAAGGCAUGGCCUCUUAAGAGACCAAGUUCAACUGGUGAAGAGAAAGGACUCUGAUCGUUAUGAAAUUGUUCCAAUUCAAGAUCCAUUAUCUUUUGAAAAAGGUUUCUUUAUAGUAAUACGUGCAUGCCAGUUGUUGGCCCAAAAAAAUGAUGGAAUUAUUUUGGUUGGGGUAGCGGGUCCUUCUGGUGCUGGGAAGACUGUAUUUACAGAGAAGGUCCUCAAUUUCAUGCCAAGCAUUGCUGUCAUAUCGAUGGACAACUACAAUGAUUCAAGUCGUAUCGUUGAUGGAAAUUUUGAUGAUCCACGGCUAACAGAUUAUGACACUUUGCUGGAAAACAUCUGUGGACUAAGAGAGGGGAAAUCUAUUCAGGUACCAAUAUAUGAUUUCAAGUCAAGCAGUCGCAUAGGAUACAGGACUGUUGAUGUUCCUAGCUCUCGAAUUGUUAUUCUUGAAGGUAUUUAUGCUUUGAGUGAGAAGUUGCGCCCUCUACUUGACCUCCGUGUUUCUGUGACUGGUGGGGUACAUUUUGAUCUGGUAAAAAGGGUUUUGAGGGACAUACAGCGUGCUGGACAAGAACCUGAAGAAAUAAUUCAUCAAAUUUCAGAAACGGUCUAUCCAAUGUACAAGGCCUUCAUUGAACCAGAUUUGCAAACAGCACAUAUAAAAAUCUCCAACAAGUUCAACCCGUUCACAGGCUUCCAGAAUCCGACUUAUGUUCUAAAGUCACCAAGAUCUGUAUCGGUGGACAAAAUCAAGGCUGUUCUUUUGAAGGAACACAAAGAAUAUAGCGAACAAACUUAUGACAUAUAUCUAUUGCCGCCAGGGGAAGAUCCAGAAGCAUGCCAAUCUUAUUUAAGAAUGAGAAACAGGGAUGGAAAGUACAAUCUUAUGUUUGAGGAAUGGGUAACCGACAGUCCAUUCAUCAUAUCACCAAGAAUUACUUUUGAAGUUAGUGUGCGCCUUCUUGGUGGGUUAAUGGCACUGGGCUAUACCAUUGCAGCAAUUUUGAAAAGAAGCAGCCAUGUGUUCUCUGACGACAGGGUGGUUGUGAAAAUUGAUUGGUUGGAACAACUUAAACGUACCUAUGUACAGGUGCAAGGAAAAGAGCGGCCGUUUGUUAGGUAUAUAGCAGAGCAAUUGGGCUUGGAAGGUUCUUUCAUUCCUCGUACCUACAUUGAACAGAUUCAACUAGAAAAGCUUGUGAAUGAAGUCAUGGCAUUGCCUGAUGAUUUGAGGACAAAGCUCAGUAUAGAUGAUGAUCUGGUUUCGAGCCCUAGAGAAGCACUUUCACGAGCAUCUGCCGAUAGGGUCGCUAUGCGAAAUAAACAUCUUAAAAGUGGAAUGUCCCACUCUUUUUCAACACAAAGGGACAAAAAUAUUGCUAAGCUCACCAGACUUGAAGUCAACAGCAGCAGGUUUGAUGGACGAACACCUGAAUCACCUGCAGUUAAUCGGGAGGUGGUUAACCAACUAUCAGAACAGAUAUCAACUCUGAAUGAAAGGAUUGAUGAGUUUAGUUCGCGAAUCAAAGAACUUAGUUCAAAGUUUAGUUCACAGAAAACUUCCGUGAGCCAACAAAACUUGGCCCUCCAAAAUGAAGCUUGUAAUGGCUCUGUCCCAACUUCGGUUUUUGUGUCUAACUUGGGCAACGGUACCAUUUUGCCCAGUUCAUCUUCUUCCACCCAACUGAAUAAGGAUUCUCCCCUGAUGGAAGAGCUCAUGCUCAUCACUCGAGGACAGCGUCAAGUGAUGCAUCAGUUAGAUAACCUCUCUAAUUUAGUUCAUGAUCAAUUGGCUGUAUUGACUCAGCAAGACAGAAGGGAUAACAGAAGCAGAUUUCUUGACUUGGAUCUUAUUGGGAAUCCAGUUCUCAUACUCCUGGUGGGUGGCAUCAGCUUUUUCCUAUUAAAAAAUCUUAGUAGGAACUGAAUUGAAGGCUCGACUCCAUUUUGGAUCGCACCAGAAUUCUUUUACAUGAGCCUUGGGGAUUGCCACAUCGGUCUUAAUUCAUGACCUUUAAUAUUGCAAUGCUAUCGACUCAGCUUGAAGGUCACACAUGAUGGAUUUUGUAGGAGGCACGGUGUUGUUUUCCUGCCUUUUGUUCUUUUUCCAUUUCUUCUGCAUGAGCCAUAAAUUUGUAUAUUUAAGAUGUGGAAGUUCCAGAUUCAAAACUAAUGCUGUGGCAAUCUCUCGAGUAUAUAGUUGUAAUAAAUAGUUCUAGCCUCUAAUUACCAA